AUGCCAGCUGUUAGUGUGGAAGCAGGAACCAAAUCGGUCCCGCUUCUACUCUUUGAUAUUUACAAGCAGAAUCGUUCACUUCUUUUGAACGUGUCAUAUUUGGUAUUGAUAACUGCAGCUUUCAGUGGGACAACGUUUGCACGUGCCAAUGAGAGCAAAUCAUCAACCAAAGGAGCACCACCUGGUACUUUAAUAACUACCACAGAUAUGCAGAAAUCACAAUCAUUAAAUAUAUCUCCACCAGAAGAACAGAAAAAACACCCCAAAAUAUCCAAAGUUUCAUUCAAACGACUUAUUAAAUCCGCCAUCCCAUCAGCUACAGAUGCCACAGUUGUAUAUUUUUCAGGCCACCUUUUACUAUUGGUGAUGAGAGCCUAUUUGACUAUUAAAGUUGCUACUUUAGAUGGUAAGUUGGUGGGUGCCUUGGUGUCCAAAAGAUUGAAAAGAUUUGUAAAGUUACUCAUAUAUUGGAUGCUCUUGGGUAUUCCCGCUUCAGUUGUCAAUGCCUCCUUAAAUUGGACAAAGAGUAAAUUCAGACAACAUAUGAGAAUUAAUAUGAACAGAAGUAUUAUUAUGGAUUAUUUACCAGAUUCCUUGGAUCCAAAUUACUAUAGCCUUGUUCUGUUUUCUGAAGGGAAAAUUGCUGAUCCUGAUCAAAGAAUUUCAACUGAUGUAAGUAGAUUAGCCAGUGCUUUGGCAAGCUUACCAGGCCAAUUAUUAAAACCUACAUUAGAUUUACUCUUGUGUGCUAGAGAAUUAGGUAAGAGUGGCGUUGGUAGUGGUGAAGGAACUUUGGCUUUAGGUAUUAUAGCCCAUUUUUCAACAAUGAUUUUAAGAUUGGUAUCCCCACCUUUUGCAAGAUUAGCUGCUGAUAAAGCAAGAUUAGAAGGACAACUCAGAUCUGCUCAUUCAAGAAUAUCUGCCAAUAAUGAAGAAAUCGCUUUUCUCAAGGGUCAUCCAAGAGAAUUGGAUAUCAUUGAUAGAAGUUAUUAUCAAUUGGAAGGCUUUUUGAAAAUGGAUUAUUGGAAAAGAGCCAUUCAUCAAAUAGCUCAAACAUUUAUUGUAAAAUAUUUUUGGGGAGCUGCUGGUUUAGUCCUUUGUUCUGCACCUGUUUUCAUAAACCAAUAUUUGGGACAAGAACCUGACCCUAAUGCAUCAGGAGAUUUCAUUACUAACAGAAGAUUAUUACUAAGUGCUUCAGAUUCUCUUGAUAAGUUGAUUUAUGCUAGAAAGUAUAUUUUACAAGUUGUUGGUCAUGCUUCACGAGUAUCUAGUUUCCAAGAUUCAUUGAGCAAGAUUGUUAAGGAUAGAGAACUGCAAUCAUCUAAUAAUGUUCAAUAUGGUGAAGAAAUUACUUUCAAAGAUGUCAGAUUGGUAACUCCAGCAGAUGUUACUUUGAUACCAAAGUUGAAUUUCAGUCUUAAAAGAGGGAAUCAUUUGUUAAUUGCUGGACCUAAUGGUUCUGGAAAAUCAUCAUUAUUCAGAAUGUUGGGAGGAUUAUGGCCCUGUAAAGAAGGGCAAAUCAUUAUCCCCGAAACUGAAAAUAUGUUUUAUUUACCUCAAAGAGCAUAUCUUUGUAAAGGGACAUUAAGAGAACAAGUGAUUUACCCCUUUACCUUGGAACAAUAUGAAUCCAAAAAGAAGAACAAAAAAACUGAUAAGGAUUUGAUUGAAAUCAUGAGAACAUUAGAUUUAGAUGAAGUUUUCCAAGGUGACCCCAUUGGAUCUCUUGAUUCAGUAAGAAAUUGGAAUGAAGAACUUUCAGUUGGUGCUCAACAAAGAUUAGCAAUGGCCAGAUUAUAUUAUCAUCAACCAAUGUUUGCAGUUUUAGAUGAAUGUACCUCAGCCGUUUCACCUGCUAUGGAACAAUUUAUGUAUGAACAUGCUCAAUCCAUGGGAAUUACCCUCUUAUCUGUUGCUCAUAGAUCAGCCCUUUGGCAUUUCCAUAAUUAUAUUCUCAAGUUUGAUGGUAAAGGUGGAUAUUAUUUUGGACCUUUGGAUGCCACCAAAAGAUUGAAAUAUGAAGAUGAACGAUUGGAUUUGGAAAAGAAUCUUAGAGAUGUUCCAGGGUUAAGAGAGAGAUUAGCUGAAUUGAAGAAGGUAUCUAACGCCCAACAUAUAAGAAUCAGUAGUUAUAAAUCAUUGGUGGAGUUGGGAAAACAGAAUUACGGUUUAUAA